UUCCGGUUUCAGAACGAGGCUUGGAACUCAGACUCCUUGUGAGUGUGCUGUUGGUUUAAGUGCCGGAGGAACAUGGCGAAACAUCAUCCUGAUUUAAUCUUUUGUAGAAAACAAGCUGGAGUGGCUAUUGGCAGACUCUGUGAAAAAUGUGAUGGUAAAUGUGUCAUCUGUGAUUCCUAUGUGCGUCCAUGCACAUUAGUGCGCAUAUGUGAUGAGUGCAACUAUGGUUCCUACCAGGGCCGCUGUGUCAUAUGUGGCGGGCCAGGGGUCUCUGAUGCUUACUACUGCAAGGAAUGCACAAUUCAGGAGAAGGAUAGGGAUGGAUGUCCCAAAAUUGUAAAUCUGGGUAGCUCUAAGACAGAUCUGUUCUACGAAAGAAAAAAAUAUGGUUUUAAGAAGAGGUAACCUGGACCCUGGCUUGCUGGAAUGGACAAAGAUAGUUUUUGUUUUUUGUUUUUUUUGUUUGUUUAGGAACAUAUUUUGUAAAGUUAUGGAAAUAAAAUUUUCUGUUUUUACAA